AUGCGCUCUACAACUUUCGCUGUAACUGCCCUAGGCAUGGCUGCGCUCGCCACAGCCCAAGAUGGCCUUAUAAGCAACUCCAAAGCCAGCACUCCUUCACCAACAACAUUCGCAUCCGGCACUACCACCAUCAAAAUCUUCGAAGCCGGCGAAACGGGCCUCGACCCAUCUGGUUAUGCGGGAAGUAUCAUCAACAUCAAUGCUGCCGCAACCACAGUUCUUCUCAACUGCGUCGACCCCAAUGACGAAAACUGCCAGAGUGGCAUUACCAUGACCGCCGGCGCCUCGACCUGGGGCUAUCAAUGGACCACCGAGGAAACAUUCUACGGCUACCCCGUGACCGUGGUCGCCAAGAUGGGUUGCAAUGUAAUAUCUUCCACGCAAGAAGCUACUUGCGUCGUGACUGCGGAAGCUACUGCUUCCGCCGAGGGUCAAAAGACCACUAGCAUCAGCAGUACCACUACCGUCUUCCCCAGCAAGGAGAUCACUUAUGAAGCCUUGCUCAUUACCGCUGGUGUUGAGAAGUUGGCUAGUCCGCAGGCUACCGCGACUCCCAAGGGUGCUGGUGCCGUGGUUGCUCCUCCCGUUCCUACGGGUAGCUUUAAAUUGGGUGGAAUGGCUGCGGCUGCUAAAAUAAAAUCGGUAACCGACUUCGUGCAUAUUCAUGUUUCCUUCACUAUCAGCGACACAAUUCCGGAAGAUGCAGGCUAA